GACGAGAUUCCGUACGUAACGGUUUAGUUUAUUUCUCCUGCGAGUUAGUAUCGAGCCUUCGACGGCAGUGCCGUUGUUAUUAGGCUACUGUUGCAUCGCGAUUUCGGUGGUGAUUUCAAGACGCGGUAAUCUUUUGGAAAGCUAAGUGCAGUGAGCAACCCGUAAUGAGAGAAGAGCAAACAAAAUUGGAAGAAGCUGGAUCGAAUUUAAGUGAUUUCUAAAAUAAGGGAGGUUCCCUUACGAGCUAGCUGAAGCGUGGAUAACUUGGCCCCACUUUGGACAGACCCCGCAGCACACCAACACAAACAGAACUCAUCAAAAUAGCGACCACGGCGGCAGCAUGACCCGUCGGUGGCAUCCGACCUGGUCGGGUGUGCUCCUGCUGUUAUUCGGCUUCCCUUCGAUUCUAACCUGGGCCCAACAGCAACAGAAUCCCAACGACGUGCCACGAUACAAUCCACUCGAUCCGUUCAAUCGACAACGAUACAAUCCUACCUCAAGCAAUUUCCAGCCUCAGUCAAACCCAACCGCGAGCAACGAUCCUCGGAAUCCAAGCUUUGGCAGUCGAGAUUUCUACGGGACCGACUCGAACAGCAUCGACAAUCGGUUCGAUCCCAGCCGUGGCGAUCGCGAUCGUGAUCGAGAUGUACUAUUCCAAUCGACGACGCCUCGGGAGUUUCCUGGUACGCGAUUCGGCACAACCCCUCGACCGAGAACAUUCAAUCCGCAGAGCAACAGAAAUGUUUUCCUGGACCAAUCCAACAAUCCGUUGAAUAAGGAGAUCACGUACUUUGUCGUGGCAUCCCGCAUGGUCCGUCCCGGUCAGAUUUACAAGGUAUCGGUGAAUCUGCUGGAGGCGCAACAUCCUAUGGCUGUACGCGCUAGUAUCUCCCGUGACGGCGUAGAACUUAGUAGCGAACUGAAAUCGGUACGCGUUGGUAUCCCGGAAACGCUACUUAUGCGUAUCCCUCCGACCAGCGUAGUCGGCGACUAUAAACUACGAGUGGAAGGUUCUUACGAAAACACCUUCGGCGGGUACAUUUUCGUGAACGAGACCAAACUGACUUUCUCGCAACGAUCAAUGACGAUCUUCAUUCAAACGGACAAACCGGUCUACAUGCAGGGAGAAAUGGUGCGAUUCAGAACGAUCCCGAUUACUACUGAACUGAAAGGCUUCGACAAUGCCGUCGAUGUCUACAUGCUCGAUCCUACUGGACACAUCAUGCGGCGAUGGCUGUCUAGGCAAUCCAACUUGGGAUCUGUUAGCUUAGAGUACAAACUGUCUGAUCAACCGAUGUUCGGUGAAUGGAGAAUUCGUGUGAUUGCCCAAGGUCAAAUCGAGGAAGGAAAAUUCAGUGUGGAGGAAUAUUAUCAGACGAGAUUUGAAGUGAACGUAACCAUGCCUGCUUUCUUCUUCCAAACCGAUCCGUUCAUUCACGGGAAAAUCAUGGCCAAUUUUACCAAUGGAACACCCACGAGAGGUAACCUAACACUUAAGGCUACCAUUCGUCCAAUUGGUUGGAUGAAUCCCAAAGCUAUCAACCACAUGAACAGAGUAUGGAAUACCGGCAACCGUCGAGAGUUGGACCCUAACAUCCCAUACUACCUGCAAUACACGAACCCGGAUCUGUUCAACGCUCAGUCAACCUUCACAAGCCAGCUCAACCAACCAGACAGCCAAUACCAAGAUCAAAGGUAUCAGUCGAACUAUCAGGACAGCUAUGUGAUCGAACGACAUUUCAACUUUGAUGAAGAGUGGCCUUUCUGGAUCAAGAAACCGAUAGAUUCUGCCGAGCAAUGGGAUUCGUGGACAAACACCUACAGAGAAUCCCUGCCAUACUUAAGAUACUUCAACGGAACGUAUCACUUCAAGUUCCCGAUGUCAGAACUGUCCCAACUGUUCCAAAGUAAUCUCGCUGGAAUGGAAGUGUUAAUCACGGCCCGUGUAGGAGAAAGAUUCUACGACGAAGUCAUUGAAGGCUAUGCCAUGACACGGAUCUACAAUUCUUCGAUUCGAGUUGCCUUUAUGGGCAACUCUCCCCAGGUAUUCAAACCCUCGAUGCCGUUCACGGUGUACCUGAUCGCGGAAUACCACGACGGAUCACCGUUACCAAUCGAUCCGCUAUAUCCAGGUCGGAUGGAGUUAUCCGGCACGAUCGAUAGCCGAAGCGGUGGAGGCCGCAACACAUACGACGUCAAGGAAUUGCAAAUGUCGGACAAGCCUGGAGUCUGGGAAUUGAAAAUCGAUCUUCGCAACGAUCUUAAUCUGGAGAACAGCAAGCAGACGAAUGAGUUUCUGAAUCAAAUUCAAUCGAUGCGACUCUCGGCGAACUACAUCCACCCAUCGGGUGAACGGGCGAGCGCUGAACUUCUGCUGCUAUCACACUUCUCCCCGAACAACCAUAAUAUAAAGGUUCUGACGAGCACAAGGGACGCCAAGGUUGGAGAAUACAUGAUAUUCCACGUGCAGAGCAAUUUCUACAUUAAGGACUUCCAUUACAUUGUCAUGUCCAAGGGAAUCGUGCUGGUAACCGGACAGGAAAUCAUAUCUGGUGGUGUGCGAACGCUGUCCAUUACGUUGAGCGCAGAAAUGGCCCCUACAGCAACGAUCGUAGUUUGGCACAUCGGUCGGUACGGAAAGGUCAUCGCGGACAGUUUGACUUUCCCUGUGAAUGGAAUUUCCAGAAACAAUUUCACGGUGUUUAUCAACAACCGCAAGGCUAGAACCGGAGAAAAGGUUGAAGUGGCUAUCUACGGUGAGGCCGGUUCGUAUGUGGGUUUGUCGGGAAUCGACAACGCUUUCUACACCAUGCAGGCUGGUAACGAGUUGACUUACGCGAAUGUGAUUACCAAAAUGGCAAACUUUGACGAACAAACGAAUGGAACAUUCAAGCAAACGUGGAUUUCGCACGAGGGAGAUCCAGAUGAGCUGGUUUACUAUCCCAGUUCAACAUUUGGCAUAGAUGCGAACCGUACUUUCGAAUACGUUGGGCUUGUGGUGUUUACGGAUGGGGUGAUUCCUCGGAGACCGUUGAGUUGUGAUCCAGCUAUGAACUACAGCGAAUGCUUGAGCGGAAGAUGCUACAGGAGCGAUAAACGAUGUGAUGGCUAUUUCGACUGUGAGGAUGGAACGGACGAAGCUGGAUGUGAUAACAGGAAUAGCACGGCGUUGGCUGAAUUCCGAAAGUAUCGAUUCAACAGAAUCCUGAGGCACUAUCAGAAUGUGUGGCUGUGGAAGGAUAUCAAUAUUGGACCGCAUGGGCGAUUCAUUUUCAAUCUUGAAGUGCCCAAAAUUCCGGCACUGUGGAUCGUUUCUGCUUUCGGUGUGAGUACUAGUCAAGGUUUCGGCAUGCUUCGGAAGCCUUUGGAAUACGUCGGAGUGCAACCGUUCUUCAUCAAUUUGGAAAUGCCCACGGUUUGUAGGCAAGGAGAACAGGUUGGAAUUCGUGUGGCUGUGUUCAACUAUCAAACGGUGGAUAUUGAAGUUACUGUGGUUCUGCAUAGCUCUCCGGAUUACCAGUUUGUGCACGUGGAAGAAGAUGGUAUUGUGCGAUCCUACAACCCAAGGACAUCAUUCGGCGAACAUCAAUUCUACAUCUACAUAUAUGCGCAGGAUUCUUCAAAUGUAUACAUUCCGAUUGUUCCGACUCGUUUGGGUGAUAUUGAAGUUACCAUUCACGCAUCCACUCUUCUUGGAGCAUAUCAAGUCAGUCGAAAAAUCAACGUAGAACCUGAUGGCCUCGUCCAACAUCGUCAUCAAUCUACGCUGCUGGAUCUCAGUAAUCGUGCUUACUUCUUCCAAUACAUGCAUGUGAACGUAACGGAAACUCCCAUUAUCCCAUACGAAAUCGAUCGUUACUAUGUAUUCGGUUCGAACAAGGCUCGUAUUUCUGUUGUUGGAGACGUGGUGGGCGCCAUUUUCCCAACCAUGCCAGUCAAUGCAACAUCUCUACUAUCGUUGCCAAUGGACUCGGCCGAACAAAACAUGUUCAGCUUUGCGGCCAACUUCUACACCAUACAGUACAUGAGAGCAAUCAAACAACGUAACAAGAAAACGGAGAAACUUGCCUUCCACUACAUGAACAUCGGCUACCAGAAGCAGCUCAGUUAUCUUAACGAUGAUGGUUCGUUCUCCCUGUUCCGUGCAGAUUGGAAUCAGUCCGCGUCGUCCGUAUGGCUGACCGCUUAUUGCGCUAGGAUUUUCUCGGAAGCAUCCUUCUACGAGUACGAAAAUUUCAUCUACAUCGAUCCGUUGGUGAUCCAGAAAAACAUCCACUACAUCCUGCAGCACCAGAAGGAUGAUGGUUCUUUCUGGGAAGUUACCUGGCUACCGGAUCGGAAGGUGAAUCAGUCAUCCGAGCAUCCUCGCAAUGAGAUCGUCCGUUCCAAGAACAUCACACUGACGGCACAUGUGCUGAUAACGCUCGUUUCGGUCAAAGAUCUGUCAGGGCGACUGGGUUCGAGUGUUGCCUUGGCAGAACAACGUGCAUCUCGAUACAUAGAACGCAACAUCGGAUUGAUUAAAGACUACGGAUCUCCGUACGAAAUCGCUGUGGUGAGUUAUGCAUUGGCCCAAGCUAAGGCUCCGCAAGCUGAGCAUGCCUUCAAAAUCCUAGCCAGCAAGAUGAGAUCGAUAGCCGAUCUCAACUACUGGGGUAACGAUGAAGUUCCGCAACCGCCGAGCAAGUUGGAAAAUCAAAAGUACUUCAACCUUCCGCGACUACCAUACAAAUACGAUUCAGUCAACAUCGAAACGACGGCCUACGCAUUGCUCACCUACGUAUCGCGUCAGGAGACGUUCACCGUAGAACCAAUCGUUCGCUGGUUGAACAGUCAACGGUUGAUGGACGGCGGCUGGGCCUCCAGUCAGGACACCGGAAUUGCCAUGAAAGCUCUCACUGAGUACAGUACCCGGAAUCGCGUGGCGGAUGUCACUUCGCUGACCGUCACCGUGGAGGCUACGUCUCUUCCUGGAGAAUCGAAGGUCCUGCACAUCGGACAGCACAAUCUGGCGACAAUUCAGGAUAUUGAGAUUCCAAACGCAUGGGGUACCGUGAAGGUCCAAGCAAAAGGUGUGGGUUACGCUAUUCUCCAGAUGCACGUCGAGUACUCGGUUGAUACGUAUAAGUUCCAAACGAUGCCUCCGGUGAAAUCGUUUGACCUGACAACGCAUACCGUGUUCCACGGUAGGAAUCAGUCUCACAUCAGUUAUGUGAUCUGCCAGCGGUGGACCAACACUGCCGAAUCGAUCCGUUCUGGUAUGGCCGUUCUGGACGUAGCCGUUCCGACUGGAUACAUGAUUCAGCAGCAGAAGCUUGACUCGUACACUAUCAGCCAACGAGUACGCAACCUACAGCGUGCACGCUACCAGGAGAGGAAGGUGUUGUUCUACUUCGACUAUUUGGACAACGACUUCGUUUGCGUGAACUUCACACUAGAACGGUGGAUGCCUGUGGCUAACAUGUCACGAUACCUGCCUAUUAGGGUUUACGACUACUACGCACCAGAGCGCUUCAACGAAACCAUUUUCGACUCUCUACAAACAUAUCUGCUAAACAUUUGCGAAGUAUGCGGUAGCUCCCAGUGUCCGUAUUGUAGGAUCUACAAUACUGCCAUCCGGAAUCCGGUGUCGGUUCUGUUGCUGCUCUUCACCAGCGUACUCAUAGUUGCCCGCCACUACCGAAUAGUGAAUCCGAACAGUUGGAUCUUUUGGAACGAUUAGGAACGAUUGCUCACAAGAGCUGCCGCACGCAUUAAAAACGAAGAGCAGUGUCCAUCAGACUUCUGUGUACAUAAUCCCUAUCUAAUGCGAAAUCGAGAAUCUCUGCUUUUUUAAACGGAGACUGCGCGACAGCGUGCAAUUGCGAAUUCGUCUAUGAUGUUCAUUUUUAUACAAAGACUUUUUUGAGUUACUGUAGUGUAGUAUUGUCCAGACAUCAUACUCGAAUCGUACUGUGUGCAUUUCAUGUCAUGUCAAUUUUCCGUGCGAUUCCAUCCAAGGCAUUUGUGUACAAUGAACAAUUCUUCCCUUUACAUUUCGCAACGAGACAUCGCGAUAGACGUAGGAAAAAGUAAGCAUGAAGCAAUGCCGUUUAGAUUAGGAGAAAAACGUUAUUUUCUCACGUGUUCGAUUUUUUUUAUUUUUAGAAGUGCUAGGAAAGCGACAGUUAUUGUUUUAUUAUUUUAAAUAUUCUUUCUGUAGAUUGUAUGUAGUACGAAUUGUAUUCGUUUACUAGCCUUUUAGGAUUUAUUAUCUUACGCAAGCAGAAAUCUUCAGGCCGUCCAAAUUUUCUGGUCAUAACAUUUUUUUUUUAUUUUUAAGAUCAACAUUAGUUUUAAUUUUACUCCAGGAGGUAGCACCACAAAUAACUUAAUACUGAAAUAAAAUGACAAUGAUCUUUUAGGUUUCAAUGUCCAAUAAACUCAGCAUCGUACUAUAGUACUAAUUCCGUUCCAACACUUCAAAUUUUAUCACAUUACUACGUUUAGGCAAACGAUAACGAAUGAUACAAAUUAGUGGGUGCCUUAACUGCAAGUUGGAAGAUAACUAUCUCAGCGGAAUGAAUGCGCCAUCAUUUAUAAGAAAACGAUUUUGUAUCACUAGAACCUGAAAAAGGACGGAGAUCUGAGAAGCGAAUGUUUCUAAUGAAAAAUGUUUAGUGACAAAAAACGAUCACUGCAUAGCUCGUAGAUGUGCUGAUGAAACUACAUUUUAAAAUAAAUUUAUUGAAAAUAAAA